CUUAUUGGUGCCCACAGCAUAACCCCAAACCCACCCACUGACUCUCAAAAACCCUUUCCUUCCCUUUCCUUCCUUCUUCUAUUCAAAGCACAAAGCACAAUUUUCUUUUCCUUCCUCUCCUCUCCUCUCAUCUCAUCUUUCUCUUCUCUCUCUUCUCUCCUAUGGUUCUUUGAAAUCCCUCGCUUUCUUUGUGGACAAAGAGCAGCAGCAAUGGCGGUGCAGAGGUUAGAGAGAGGCGAUUUAUGGAAGAGCAAGGCAAUGGCUUUGCAGAUCCGCCUCAGGGACCGUUUCAGAGUCGCCGUCGACCGCCGCCGCCGCCUCCGGGAACUACUUUUCGCCGGCGACGGAGACGGAGACGGAGACGGAGACGACGGUUGCUUCUCUUCCACCGUCGACCGGUGGCUCCGACGGUUCAGAGAUUUCCGCAGGGAGUCCCUGCCUUCUUCUUCUACUUUCUAUCGCAAAAGAGUGAGUAAAGACUUCAAUGCUGAAGAAGAGUCUGUUGUUCUUCGCAUGGUUCAAGCCGUGGCUCUGCCUGUUUUGGGAAAUGUUUGUCAUGUGUUUAUGAACGGCUUAAAUCAUGUUCAGGUUUAUGGUUUGGAAAAAUUGCAUGAUGCGGUGCUGCAUAGACCCAAGGACAAGCCUCUUGUUUCGGUCAGCAAUCAUGUUGCUUCGCUGGAUGAUCCGCUUGUUAUUGCUUCACUGCUUCCACCACAUGUUCUUCUGGAUGCGCAGAACUUGAGAUGGACACUUUGUGCGUCUGACCGAUGUUUUAGCAAUCCCGUUUUUUCUACAUUCUUUCGAUCUGUCAAAGUCUUGCCACUUGCCCGGGGUGAGGGUCUUUAUCAGAAGGGCAUGGAUAUGGCUAUUGCAAAACUAAAUCGUGGUGGGUGGGUUCACAUCUUCCCAGAAGGUGGUCGUUCUCGGGAUGGUGGAAAAACCAUGGGGCCUUCCAAGAGGGGUGUUGGAAGGUUAGUCCUGGAUGCAGACAAUAUUCCCAUGGUUCUUCCAUUUGUACAUACUGGUAUGCAGGAGAUCAUGCCAAUAGGAGCUAGCGUCCCAAGGAUUAGGAAGACGGUAACAGUACUGAUUGGGGACCCUAUCCAUUUUGAUGAUUUACUCAACGUGGAAAAAGAAGCACAUGUAUCAAGAGGAAAAUUAUAUGAUGCUGUAGCUUCAAGAAUUGGUCAUCGAUUACAUGAGAUGAAAGCUCAACUUGAUGAAUUAGCACUUGAACAAGCUAUGCAAUUACAAAAACAACCAGUACAAAUUACAGAUCGAACAACUGAGUUUUUGCAGCAAGUUGACUGGGAUUCAUUUGGGAUGGGAGGCUAUUUAUCUUCUGAAGAUGAUUCUUUGUUGAGGCAAGAAUCACACAACCUAUCAAGGAUAGAUGAUGCUACUUGUCAUCAAGGACUUGCUUCUUCCCUGAGACAAGAGACAAAGAUGCAACCAAAGCUAAAUGUUACCCAUACUCAAGAGCCUGCUUCGAGUGAUCGGUGUUUCAAAGUUGGUUUAUCCUGUGGGAAUGGACUUGUGUCGAGGAUGCGUGGUUAUAUGGACCCAACUGAGCUAAUGGGUUUUGCUGCCAGCGGCUUAUUUGUGAAUCUUAAACAAAAGGAGUUUUCUGCAAAUUAUAGAGAAGUUGGCCCCUUAAAGGCUUGGAAACAAUUUUUGGAAGAUAAUGUGUUCCAUCAGUGGAACCAUUGCUAACACUAUGAGUGUAGGAACUGUUGUAAAAAUUUAUUGUUAACGAUAAUUUUAGUUAGGCAGAGGGAAAUUUAAAAAUGUUACAGUUCAUUUUU